CAUGUAGGACAGACCACUUCCGUCUUUUAAAUAACCAUAACAAACAUGGCGACUUACAAGCAGGUCGGCAGGUUAUUGGGAAUUUCAGCAAGGCUUUCCCGUCCUCUUGCAGUCAGUGCAUAUCAGUGCGCCAGAUUGCACUUGCCUUCACAUAACACAGCAGUCCAAAACAGAUGGCCACAAAACCCCCAUUGGAUUGUUCCUGCAAGGACCAUGUUUGUGCAGACGCAGGACACACCAAACCCAAACAGUCUAAAGUUUCUUCCCGGUCGUACAGUUCUUGAAUCUGGGACUAUGAAUUUUGCGGGUCCUCGUGAUGCUCAUUGCUCACCCUUAGCCAGGCAGCUGUUUAGGAUCGAGGGAGUCACGGGUGUCUUCCUAGGCUCUGACUUUAUCACCAUAUCAAAGUCUGAUGAAAAUAUGGAAUGGAGAGUUAUCAAGCCAGAUGUGUUUGCUGCCAUCAUGGACUUCUUUGCAUCUGGACUUCCUGUGGUGAAUGAGGACAGCACACCAAGUGCAGAUACAGCACCAUCAGAGGAUGACGAUGAAGUAGUCGCUAUGAUCAAAGAACUUCUGGACACUCGAAUAAGGCCAACAGUGCAGGAGGAUGGAGGUGAUAUAGUGUAUCGGGGGUUUGAGGGCGGCAUUGUUAAACUGAAGCUGCAGGGCUCCUGCACCAGUUGUCCCAGUUCAAUGGUUACUUUGAAGAGUGGAAUCCAAAACAUGUUGCAGUUUUACGUUCCCGAAGUUGAAUCAGUGGAGCAGGUGACGGAUGAGGAUGAGGAGGAAGCUGCUCAAGUGUGAACUACACUGAAACCACAUUUACACAUUCCUCGCUCCCCCCACCAACUCCUUUGAUUCAAGCCAUAGUUACAAUAAAAUGGAUUACAGCACAGCAUAGCUGUCCUCAUUAUUCAUCCAGAUGCCAAUGAUUUUGAUAUCUAUUUUCUGUACAGUGAUUACAAAAUUAAAAUAUAUAGGACAGAAGAGCCUGGUCAUAGGAACUGAUUGCUCUAGAGCUGAAAUCAACGGUGAUUAUUAUUUUACAAUGUCACACCUUUUUCAUUUCAGUCACUAACCUUACCUUUACAUAAUUAUACUGUAUGUAUAUAAAUAAAGUUUGUUGAAAUAUG